AUGGAUUCACAAACUGUCGUCUUGGAGAAGCCUUGGAGUUUCGAGCCUCCGCCGGCGUCUGUCGAUAUCGAACCCAAACCUCCCCAAUGUAGCUUUCAAGUCGUCGAGUCCGAGAAGCACAGACAACUCGAGCCAAAUUUGGCGUGGUCGCACAGCCAUGAGGCCUCCAACGACUUCCGGUCGGACAUCUUCACGAAGCCGACACUGCCCAUGCUGGAGGCCAUCAUCAAUACCACCCUCGGCGACAACGUAAUGGAAGAGGACACGACCACGAACCGCUUCCAAGAAUACGUGGCCGACCUUGUGGGCCACGACGCCUCCCUGCUGGUCAUGUCGGGGACCAUGGGCAACCAGGUAGCCCUCCGGACGGCCCUGACCACUCCGCCUCACUCGAUCCUCGCCGACCACAGAGGCCACAUCGUCACCUUUGAGAGCGGAGGCGCGUCGGCCCUGUGCGGCGCCUUGUUCAAAACGGUCGUUCCGUCCAACGGCCAUCACCUCACGCUCGACGAUGUAAAGAGCCAUUGCACCCUGACGGACACCGUCUACGACUGCCCGACCAGGAUCAUCAGCCUAGAGAACACGCUAUGGGGUACCGUCAUGCCCCUCUCCGACAUGCGCGCCAUCUCACAGUGGGCGCGGUCGCAGACUCCCCCGAUACACAUGCAUCUAGACGGAGCCCGCCUCUGGGAAGCCGUCGCCACCGGGGCCUUUACCCUUCGGGAGGCUGGGGAGUGCUUCGACAGCAUGCAGUUAUGCCUAUCAAAAGGCCUCGGGGCGCCCAUUGGCAGUGUUCUGACGGGGACCUCGGCCUUCAUCAAGCGAGCGAAAUGGAGCCGCCAUUUCCUCGGCGGCGACAUUCGUGCCGCCGGUCUCAUCUCGGCGCCGGCGAGGGUAGGCAUCGACAACGUCUUCUUGGGUGGUAAGCUGGGGGCGGCACAGGACAUGGCGAAGCGUGCCUCGGCCUUGUGGGUGGAACUCGGCGGGAAGCUGCAAGCGCCUACGGAGACGAACCAGAUAUGGCUUGACCUCAAUGCCUCGGGCCUGAAACCCAACGACUUUUACCCCGUGGCUGCGCAGUUCGAUCUGAAAGUCAUGGACCUGAUUCCGGGGCGUAUUGUCCUCCACUACCAGAUCACCGAGCAGGCAUUCGCCCGGCUCUGUAGUUUUUUCAAGGCUCUCCUCCCUAGAGAACAGACUCCCGAGACUGUCGAAAAUAAACUAGAGAAUUAG